AUGAAGAGACAGAAUCACACAUUGGUGAGUGAGUUUAUUUUUCAAGGCUUCUCCAGCUUCUGUGAGCACCAGCUCACACUUUUCAUCAUGUUCCUUGCUCUGUACCUAUUAACGCUGGUAGGCAACAUCAUCAUUGUGACCAUCAUCAGCCUUGAUCGUCACCUCCACACCCCCAUGUACUUCUUCCUCAGUAUGCUGUCAGCAUCAGAGACACUGUACACUCUUGUCAUUAUACCAAGGAUGCUCUUUAACCUAAUAGUCCUCGAUCAGUCCAUUUCCUUGGCUGGCUGUGCCACUCAGAUGUUCUUCUUUGUCACAUUGGCCAUCUGCAACUGCUUCCUGCUCACGGCAAUGGGGUAUGACCGCUAUGUGGCCAUCUGCAACCCCUUGAGGUACUCAAUCAUUAUGAAUAAAAGGGUAUGCAUUCAGCUGGUAUGGGGCUCCUGCAGUGUUGGCCUAAUGAUAGCAGUGACACAGGUAUCAGCUGUGUUCAGGCUGCCCUUUUGUGCCAAAAAGGUAUCCCACUUCUUCUGUGACAUCCGACCAGUGAUGAAGCUCUCUUGCAUCGACAUUACUAUCAAUGAGAUCCUGACUUUGAUCAUUAGCAUACUGGUGAUUCUCAUCCCCAUGGGGUUGGUCUUCAUCUCCUACAUCCUCAUCAUCUCUACCAUUCUCAAGAUUGCCUCUGCUGAGGGCAGAAAAAAGGCCUUUGCUACCUGCGCUUCUCACAUCAUUGUGGUCAUUGUGCACUAUGGCUGUGCCUCCAUUGCCUACCUCAAGCCCAAGUCAGAGAACACCAGGGAUCAGGACCAGCUGAUCUCAGUGACCUACACAGUCAUCACACCCCUGCUGAACCCUGUGGUGUACACCUUGAGGAACAAAGAGGUCAAAGAAGCUCUGCGCAGGGCAAUUGGUCAGAAGCUGUCCUGA